AUACACACACACAUACACACAUGCACACAUACAAACACACACAUACAUACACACACACUCACACACUGAGGCCUGUAGAGUUCAACAUGGAGCUCCUGGGAUCUUCAUCUUUCAUCUGAGGGUUGACCUUUGACCCCACAGUGAACCUGCUGGGAGUUCAGCGGCUGGCUGAACUGUAAAUAACUUUUCUGUCUUUAGGAUAUUGGACUCUAAUUGACCUUUGACCCCUCCCAGAUUGAUGAGCCACAACAGGUUGGUGCUCCUUGUGUUAACACACACCUGUAUGCUCCAGAGCGGCUGAUGAAGAUGAUUGGAUCAUCUGGCUGUUCCUGAACCAACAGGUGUGGUGGGACCCAGGUCUUGGUUCUGUGAGUAUUCUGUUGCCUGAGUGGGCGUGAACCAACACCUGGGUUCUGUUAGAGGAAGUCUGCUCUUGGCAACAGCUCUUAGUAAAUAACGUUUGAUGACCAAGUUUAAAUCUGCUGCUGAUCCAGGCAUUGUUCUGCUGAUCAGAGAUGUUUUCUGAUCUACAAACAUCCUGUGAGCAGAAACCUCAGCCACCACCCAACCCCCCUUCCUCUGCAGCCUGGCCACGCCCCCUUCCUCCUCCUGCUGCUGAGAAGAAGCGUGCUCAGCUGUCGAGACUGGCUGUUGUGAGUGAGGAGAGAGCAGGUGAGUUUGUCUGCAACUGAAUGGAGACCUGAGAGAAGAUGUUUGUGUGCAGCCUGACUGUGCUGCUGUUGGCAGCUGGAUCUGAAGCUCAGAGUGGAGACAGAGACUCGGACACAGCUCUCCGGCUGAGCUGCUUCUCUCACAUCAGCUUUACAGACUGCAGUCUGACUUGUCAGCUGCUCGGAGACGGCACCAAUGAGGAUGAUGAGGAUGAUAAAGGAGAUGGCAUUGAGAUGAUGGUCGUGUGCCAACGGUGGUGGGUCAAAAACAAAGAAACGAAUAAAUGUCUGAAGGUUGAAGGACCCUCCAUCACAUCCAAAGACCUGCAAGCUUUGCCUGAUACCGAUGUGACUGUCCACCUGAAGACGGGAGGACAGGUGUCCACUACUGUCAAACUGCAGAAAAUCGUCAAACCUACAAGUCCUCGAGUCUGGAACCUCACCCUUGAUUCAGAGUCGAACCAGGUUGUGAUUUAUAUCGCGAUUCUUCAGGAAGACUACCUGACGUUGGAAAAACUCUUCUUUCAGAUGCACAUCUGGACCGAUGGGUUCGCUCUGAUUCAGAACAUCUCAUCGCAGAAUGUCAUCCAGAUCAGCACGCAACAUCUGCACCAGAGGUCACCGUAUCACGUGAAAGUCCGAGCAAUCCCUCAGGGUUAUCUGCAGGGGACCUGGAGCGAGUGGAGUGAGACGUCGAGCCUCACUCUUCCUGAGGACGAGGAGCCAACGAGGAUGGAUAAAUGGCAGGCGCCGGUGUACAGCGUGUGUUUUAUCGCCCUUGGGGUUGUGAUGUCCAUCCUCGCCGUCUUGUGGAAAAACAGAAUAUUCACCUACAUGUGGCCAAACAUCCCUCAUCCCAAGCAGACUCUGGUGCAGAUCUGCAGGCCAAAUAAAGGUUUCCUGCUGAACCUGAACCCUGAGGUGUUCAGUUCUCUGAAGGUCUACCCUCUGGAGAAAACGGAUGAAGCGGGCUCCAGCCAGAGCUCCGACUGCACGAGCACCACUAGUGUCAGUACGGAGGAGCUGGAGGUUUCAGCCCUGCUGAGGAGGAGCUGCUCUGAUGGUGAGGACAGCCUCCAAACCCCACCUGUGUCCAGCUUCCUGCAUCAGGAGGAGGCACCUUCUACAUCUCAGUCUGAACAGAGCAUGGUGGAAAACAGAGUGGAGUGUGGAAUCAAUCAGCAGGAGGAGGCGUACGUCACCAUGUCCAGCUUUUCCCAGAUCAAGUAGCAGCAGCGGACUACGACUGGACCCUGAGUCUGGGAGCUACCUGCAGGUAGACGUCCCUCACCUGUUAAGCUGCUGGAUGGAUGCUAGUGAAGGUGGAAGAGGUUGGAAACAUUUAUUUGAGCUUUUCCGUGGAGUUCCUGUUGACCAGGUUAAGGAACGCAGGACUUUGAUCCCACUGAUCCUGAACCAUGGUUGUUUAGACUUUCUGAAGCCUAAGAGUGAGAACAUUUGGGUCCUUCCAGUCUAAACUAAAACAAAAAAGAGCUUCAGGACACUUCUGCACCCCUCACCAUGUCUUUGUUCCUCUGCAUGGUCUUCCACGAUGCUUCCUAAGACAUCUGUAGUAGAUAGACAUCCUAACAUCUGUCAGCCCUGCCCACCUCCUGUCCACAACCUAGGACCUUGAUAAAGAAAUAAGUCUUUGAACUUCAAGUUAUUCCCAUCAGUCUGCAGUGUUGGGAUGGUUCUGCUUCGGGUUUUACUUCCCAUUCAAGUUUAUUUCUAAAGCAUCACGUCAGGACCUUCACACAGUAAACAUUCCAGUAUAAGUCAGGUCAUUAAGCCAAUCAGUAACAAGUUUCCUGUAUAAGGGACCCAGCAGGUUGCAUCGAGUCAUUGACUAGUGACAGUCUUGUCAGCAAUCCUCAUACUAAGCAAGCAUGCAGCGACAGUGGAGAGGAAAACUCCCUUUUAACAGGAAGAAACCUCCAGAGGAUACUGGCUCAGAAUAAGCAGCCAUCCUCCACGACUCACUGGGGAUGGAGAAGACAGAGCAGACACGCACGCACGCACGCACACACACACACACACACACACACACACACACACACACACACACACUUACGAAUAUUGAAGCUCCCUCAAGGGCCUGUGUGUAACUAACCCUAACCCAAAGGCAGGUCAGAACUUCCUACAGUACCGUUGGUGAAGGUUGUCAGACAUCCAGGUCUUGGUAAUCACCUCCAGCACCAACCCAAACACAUGCGAGUCCUUCUGAUGAACAUGAAGAACAUCGAGGACACGUUUGUAAGACAGAAACCACCCAAGGCCCUGUACCCCCACUAGAACCACCGGAAAGAACUCCCAUCUCCUCUGUGAACGGUUCUUCAUGCUGCUCAUUUCUGAAGUCAUCAGACGGACCUCCUGAAGCUGCUGAGUCAUCUGCAGUGCUGCUUCUGAUGUGUUGCCAUGGCAACACUCGCUAAAUGAAUCUUGUAUUUAGUUGGUUGCCACAGAGACACCAGACACAUCACUGCUGCUAAAGUCUCAGACAGGGCCUUUUUUAUGUAGCUGGUUGAAGUCCAUCCGUACAUGAACAAUGAUCUGAACGCACGUUUGUCAUUUAACCACAGCUUGCUUUUAAUUACAAUAAAGUAUUUAUAUAUAUGUACAUGUAAUAAAGUAAAUAUACGUACAUGU